AUGGCGGAACUUGAGAAGGAAGGACUGCCCCAAACAAUGCAGGAGAACCGAGAUGAAGAGGAGCCCCAAUAUACUGAUGACUCUAAGCCGAGCAAGAUUCAAGACGACGCAUGUUUCGAGGAAAAGCUAAUUGAAGAGGUCAGAAGGUACACCAAUUUGUACAACACCUCAUUGAAAGACUAUAAAGACUUCACCAUGACCAACAACAGCUGGAAGGAGAUAGCUCAAACUCUGAGAGUAGAAGAACAAAUUUGCAGGACGAAAUGGAAGAACUUGAGAGACAGAUAUGUCAGACUGAGGAGGAAAAUUAAGGGGAAGAGUGGGGAUGCAGCAUCAGGAAUACAACCACAAAUACUCACCACACUGUCCUGGUUGUCUGGCUUCAUAAAACACAAGGAGACAGAGUCAAACUAUCCAAAGGUAAAAAUACAAUUUCUACUGUCAAUUAACUUUCUCUAGCCUAGAUCACUACCCAGUGGGCAAAACCUGGUUGAAAAGACGUCACUAUGAUGUCUUAUUCUGGUCGCAAACUGGUUGAAUGAUUUUUUUUUUACUGAUCAGAGUAUGACAUAUUUUAUUGACCACCAUAGGACCAGUUGGUCAUAAUUGUGACCUCUAUAUUAUGUGCUAUAUUAUGUAGCCUACUGAUCAUAGUUAAGACAUCAUAACCUAGUAAUGACCACCUGACUACAGCUUAUUACCUACUGUAAAAAAGUAUUUCAGAGGAUAAAGUUGGAUAUUGAAAACAUUGUUCAUUACAUUUAUAUUUGUUUCCAUAGGCACCAAUUAAAGUUUAAUUCUGCAACAUAUUCUUACAUUUUAAAAUAGAUCAAGAAAUGGCAAACUAAUCUAUAUUUUGUUGCAUAUCUGCAAACAGUAAUUGUUUCAUAAUUCACCCACAGACAUGCAUAGAAAGACUGGGACACAGGGUAUAUAAAGGCCCAUUGUUUUAUUUUAUUCAUGAACAAUAAGAGUGGUGUGAUUUUUACAUUUUAGUCAUUUAGCAGACGCUCUUAUCCAGAGUGACUUACAGUUAAUGAUGGGGUAGAUCCUCAUCAAGGACCUCUGAGCACAGAAGGUGAUCUGAAGCGUAGUGGCCUUGAAGAGUGGUGUGAUGGGUCAGAUCUGCAGUGAAGAGAAUCAGCGCGUUACAACUUUAUCAUUUUGAGAUUUUAAAAGAACUAGAAAAGGACCUUCCUGAAUAAACUUUGUGGACUCAGCUGGCUAAAAGUAUUUCCAUGGUACUAGUUAAAGAAGUUUGUGGCUGUUGUAGCUUAGUGAGGAAAAAAAUAGCAACUUGCUCAUAUACAUACUUUGCGUCCUACUCCACCACGGAGGUCAGGGGCAUAUUUUAGGACUUUCCAGAGGGCCUGCAACACAUCAACCUCCUGAGUUUUCUGGCUUUUCAUGACACCAUAGUGCCCACAAAGCUCAUCACCCUGGGACUAAACACCUCCCUUUGCAAUUGGAUCCUGGACUUCCUAACGGGCAGCCCCCAGGUGGUAAGGGUAGGCAACAACACAUCUGCCACGCUGAUCCUCAACACUGGGGCCCCUCAGGGGUGCGUGCUUAGUUCCCUCCUGUACUCCCUGUUCACCCACGACUGCGUGGCCAAGCACGACUCCAACACCAUCUUUAAGUUUACUGACGAGUCAACAAUGGUAGGCCUGAUCACCGACAACGAUGAGACAGCCUAUAGGGAGGAGGUCAGAGACCUGGCAGUGUGGUGCAAGGACAACAACCUCUCCCUCAAUGUGAGCAAGACAAAGGAGCUGAUCGUGGACUACAGGAAAAGGAGGCCCGAACAGGCCCCCAUUAACAUUGACAGGGCUGUAGUGGUGCGGGUCGAGAGUUAAGUUCCUUGAUGUCCACAUCACCAACAAACUAUCAUGGUCCAAACACACCAAGACCAUCGAAGAGGGCACGACAACACCUUUUCCCCCUCAGGAGACUGAAAAGAUUUGGCAUGGGUCCCAAGAUCCUCAAUAGGUUCUACAGUUGCACCAUCGAGAGCAUCCUGACCGGUUGCAUCACCGCCUGGUAUGGCAACUGCUUGGCAUCCGACCGUAAGGCGCUACAGAGUGUAGUGUGUAGUGCGCAGUACGUCACUGGGGCCAAGCUUCCUGUCAUCCAGGACCUAUAUACUAGGCGGUGUCAGAGGAAGGCCCAAAAAAUUGUAAAAGACUCCAGUCACCCAAGUCAUAGACUGUUCUCUCUGCUAUCGCACGGCAAGCGGUACCGGAGCGCCAAGUCUAAGUCCAAAAGGCUCCUUAAUAGCUUCUACCCCCAAGCCAUAAGACUGCUGAACAAUGAAUCAAAUGGCGACCCAGACUAUUUACGUUGUUUUUACACUGCUGCUACUCACUGUUUAUUAUCUAUGCAUAGUCACUUUAUCCCUACCUACUUCUUGUACAAAUUACCUCGACUAACCUGUACCCCCGCACAUUGACUCUGUACCGGUACCCCCUGUAUAUAGCCUCGUUAUUAUUUUAUUGUUACUUUUUAUUUUUUACUUUAUUUUAUUUAGUAAAUAUUUUCUUAACUCUAUUUCUUGAGCUGCAUUGUUGGAUAAGGGCUUGUAAGUAAGCAUUUUCACAGUAAGGUCUACACAUUUACAUUUACAUUUUAGUCAUUUAGCAGACGCUCUUAUCCAGAGCGACUUACAGUUAGUGAGUGCAUACUUUAUUUUAUUUUUCAUACUGGCCCCCCAUGGGAGUCGAACCCACAACCCUGGCGUUGCAAACUUCAUGCUCUACCAACUGAGCUACAUCCCUGCCGGCCAUUCCCUCCCCUACCCUGGACGACGCUGAGACAAUUGUGCAUGGGUCUCCCGGUCGCGGCCGGCUACGACAGAGCCUGGAUUCGAACCAGGAUCUCUAGUGGCAAAGCUAGCACUGCGAUGCAGUGCCUUAGACCACUGCGCCACUCGGAAGUACAAGAUCGUACACCUGUUGUAUUCGACGCAUGUGACAAAUAACAUUUGAUUUGAUUUGACUUACUGUAAGCAUGAACUCACUGAAGUCUGAGAUUUCCCAGUUCCGAGUUUCCAGUUGUUUUGAACGCAGCAGAAGUCAAUCUGGAUUGACAGCAUGGCCAAUGUAUUUAAACUUUUCUUAACUAUGGUGUUACCGCCCUUUUUCGUGAUAUCCAAUUGGUAGUUACGAUCUUGUCACAUAGCUGCAACUCCCCUACGGACAAGGCGAAGGUCGAGAGCCAAGCCGUAAUGCUUCUUGACACACUGCUCGCUUAACCCGGAAGCCAGCCGCACCAAUGUGUCGGAGGAAACACGGUCAAACUGACGACCGAAGUCAACUUGCAUUUGCCCGGCCCGCCAGAAGGAGUCGCUAGAGCACGAUGAGACAAGGACAUCCCCUAACCCGGACAACGCUGAGGCCAAUUGUGUGCCGCCUCAUGGAUCUCCCGGUCACGGCCGGCUGUGAUACAGCCUGGGAUCGAACCUGGGGCUGCAGUGGCGCCUUAGCAGUCAUUGUUGAAUUUGCGAUUUCCAACUUGCAAUGUUUGUCCAAUGGCCGAUGAGCACCGAUACGUUUAAUCUAUUUGCCAGUAGAUUGCCGACUUGAUGCAUGAUGAUGACUCCUUGUCUAGCUUGCUAGCUAAGAUUUUGAAAGUUUGAUGUUGACAUGAUCAGUCCAAUCAAAGCUACGGUAGAUAUAACGUGAUUUGACAUCAUUUUAUCUGUGGCCAAUGGCCUUGAGCCUUUUGGAUGGGCACUUCUAAUGUAAGUCUAUGGCAGCACCCAAGGGGCUAGAAUUGUCGAGCUCUACCCGUAGAUUUUGCGGUGAUGUAGUGUCCCCAUGAGUGACAGAACACUGAGCUAAUCACGGCACAACUAGAGAAUAUCACCAACCCCUACGCUCCGUAUUUUCUGCUGGCUGCCCCACCUCCUCAGAAAGCACUGAGCUAGGCUGAAACACCUGCAUUUUGGAGCUGCCUUACUCAAGAAAGCAAAAAAGAGACCAUGUUUGUAUGCGGCUUUAUUAGGGCAAUGAUUUAUUAUUUUUACAUUUUUUGCAAACUGAUAUGACACAUUAAUGCCAAAAUAACAUGCAGAACAGGCUCUGCCCCACCAGCCCUGAAUGACGCUUCGCCACUGGUCAUGUUUAAAAAAGAUCUGAGCGGUCGAUCUCGGCUUGUAUUUUGACUGAGAAAAGGUUGGUGACCACUGGGGUAGAGAAUCAUUCUACCAUCUAAACCACUGUGAAAUAUAUUUUCCGUAACCAAAAAUAUUGUAUUUUCAGCUGUUUGAAACUGUUAUACAAAACUGAAAGUAAAAGACGCCAAAAUGAAACUUAAGAACGGGAGCAUGGAAAUGGCGCACAUAGAACAGAUCUACCUCUUCUUAGACUUGCUUUCAAUGAGAGUGACAGAUCUAUAACUCACAUUUCUAUGUGAAUUUGAUUGGGUCGACCAAAAAGUGACAUAUUGCAGCGUUAACAAAAAAAUUCCAAAUGCAAGCUUCAUGAGUAAAUGAUAAAUUUCAAGCAAUUUUGGCCUAACUGUUGCUUGAUGCCUCAUUGCUGGUGAGCUUGAAAAGUAAACGUUUAAUAUUUUUGAUCACCAAACCAUUUUUGGAGCUGCAUAUUUAUUUGUUAUGGCAAUCCUUUUCCCCUACAAAUUGACAUUUGCGCUGCACCCGAUCCAAUAGAUGUACAGCAAAUCCGCAAUCUGUUUGCUAGUUCACCGGACCUGUGCUGAUUGAAAGUUUGCUGGUCCAAUCAGAGGGCCGAGUGUGCAUUUCAAUAGCCAAUCUGUUGCACGUUUUGUUGCUAGGGUAAUCCACAGAGACUGUGCCACAAAAUUAGUGAAAAAACAUUACAAAACCUGGCCAGAUAAUUUCAAGUCCCAGGUCUUGAGGCUCCAAGUCAAGUCUAGAGUUACAGUGAGUGAAAAAAGUAUUUGAUCCCCUGCUGAUUUUGUACGUUUGCCCACUGACAAAGACAUGAUCAGUCUAUCAUUUUAAUGGUAGGUUUUUUUUAACAGUGAGAGACAGAAUAACAACAACAAAUCCAGAAAAACGCAUGUCAAAAAUGUUAUAAAUUUAUUUGCAUUUUAAUGAGGGAAAUAAGUAUUUGACCCCCUCUCAAUCAGAAAGAUUUCUGGCUCCCAGGUGUCUUUUAUACAGGUAACAAGCUGAGAUUAGGAGCACACUCUUAAAGGGAGUGCUCCUAAUCUCAACUUGUUACCUGUAUAAAAGACACCUGUCCACAGAAGCAAUCAAUCAAUCAGAUUCCAAACUCUCCACCAUGGCCAAGACCAAAGAGCUCUCCAAGGAUGUCAGGGACAAGAUUGUAGACCUACACAAGGCUGGAAUGGGCUACAAGACCAUCGCCAAGCAGCUUGGUGAGAAGGUGACAAUAGUUGGUGCGAUUAUUCGCAAAUGGAAGAAACACAAAAUAACUAUCAAUCUCCCUCGGCCUGGGGCUCAAUGCAAGAUCUCACCUCGUGGAGUUGCAAUGAUCAUGAGAACGGUGCGGAAUCAGCCCAGAACUACACAUGAGGAUCUUGUCAAUGAUCUCAAGGCAGCAGGGACCAUAGUCACCAAGAAAACAAUUGGUAACACACUACGCCGUGAAGGACUGAAAUCCUGCAGCGCCCGCAAGGUCCCCCUGCUCAAGAAAGCACAUAUACAUGCCCGUCUGAAGUUUGCCAAUGAACAUCUGAAUGAUUCAGAGGAGAACUGGGUGAAAGUGUUGUGGUCAGAUGAGACCAAAAUCGAGCUCUUUGGCAUCAACUCAACUCGCCGUGUUUGGAGGAGGAGGAAUGCUGCCUAUGACCCCCAAGAACACCAUCCCCACCGUCAAACAUGGAGGUGGAAACAUUAUGCUUUGGGGGUGUUUUUCUGCUAAGGGGACAGGACAACUUCACUGCAUCAAAGGGACGAUGGACGGGGCCAUGUACCGUCAAAUCUUGGGUGAGAACCUCCUUCCCUCAGCCAGGGCAUUGAAAAUGGGUCGUGAAUGGGUAUUCCAGCAUGACAAUGACCCAAAACACACGGCAAAGGCAACAAAGGAGUGGCUCAAGAAGAAGCACAUUAAGGUCCUGGAGUGGCCUAGCCAGUCUCCAGACCUUCACCUAAAUAUGUAGAGACCCUUUAUGAUCACCUCCUCAAUAUAUAGAGCUAUAUGAUCACAUUUCAUGAAAUACAGGUCCUGUUGAGGAACAAAACACCAAUGAGGAUGAAGCUCGGAAGUCGGGGAAAGAAUCAGUCAAAAGAAGAAAAGAAAAAAAAGGAGGGACCACACAGUCACAGUAAUUAUAUUUGCUUCACCCAGGGUUUUUGUUUCCUGGGGAUGGGUUUAGCUGAGCACCACAUGGCGGUCAAACACAGACUUCCUCUGUUCCUGGACCUGCCUCCUCCAGCGCUGCUGAGCGUGCUCCACUUUGUUCAGCAUGUUGGGACGAGAGGCCGAACGAGACAAUACGUUGUGGGCGUUGGCGAAAGGCUGCUGGUCCCCGACAUCAUCAUCAUUCUGGAG